UUUCAGAUUUUGAAAACAUGGGACAGUAUCAUUAUAUUACGCUUGCGGAAUUACGUGAAUUAUCACAUACUGCUGAUGAAAAUUUCAAGGUUAAUAUAUAUGCAUAUGUAGCCCAUUUAAAGAUACGUUCACGAUCGACAGAUGUGUCAGAAGAUGCCCUUGUUAUUACGCAGUUGGAGUUACGUGAUGGUAGCUUGGAUACUGAUACAACUUGUAUCAUUUAUAGUGAGCCAUUGGAAAGUUUCUCGAGUCAAAUACAGAGCGGUCAAAUCAUUCGAAUGCAUCGCGCAAAAAUCAGAAAAAUGACAAAUGGAGAAUUGUUCAUUUAUGGGAAGCUUAAAACGGUCGGUUUUGCUGUUCUUCUGUUUAGUGGUCGACUUGGCGAUAGUUUUACCCCCAUAUACCAGUCAUCAGCAAAGUUUACUAUAGCAUCAGAUUACGAAGAUAGGAUAAAUUCAUUACGCAUAAGCAAUCAGCAGUUGGAAGGUCCAUCGGAUGAUAGCAGAAUUUCAGAUGGUCAACACAUUACUACUACACCGAUAAACCCAAACGUAGCAUAUUUCGAUGAGGAAAAAAUAAAUGAAAUAAUUAGAAAUGCACAUGUUCAUCGCUUGAAUGAAUUUUUUCUCGGUGGUUACAAUGAUAUUACUGUACAAGCAAUAGCUCUAUUUAUUGAUGAUCGGAACAAUGUGAUAUUGCGUUGUUGGGAUACCACUUCGCCACCGAGGAAAAUAUUUGUGCUUAAUCCUGAAUUCAUUAACAAAGUAAUAUAUCGAGAUGGAAAGAUGGAAAUGACAGCAGUAAACUAUUGGUGUGAUAUAGUGUUAUACGAAGAGCAUGGUGAUUUUGCUCGAAAUAAUGUGAAAUGUGGCGAUAUACUGCUACUUAUUAACAUUCAUUUAUAUCACUCACUGAAUGGUGCUGCUUUUGCAAUGCACGGUGGUCGACGUUACAAUAGGUCAAUCAUUAUUCUUGAUGAUAACAACAAAUUGAAACUCGACCUUUUGCGUAAUAUUGAUGAAUUCAAUGCUAAAUUAGAUGGAUCCAAUAUGCAAACUAACGUUGAAGAUAAAGGAACUGUCGAAGAUGUGCAACAACAUCCAUAUACGACUAGCAUGCAGCAAAUCACUACGACGCAAUCAUUUGAUGAAAUGAAUGGCUUGGAGAAUCAACAGAUAGAACUGUGGAAAUGUUGGGCUAGAGAACGGAUGCGACAAAUUCACGCCGUACAACUGGCAUGGAUUUAUGCCUAUGUCUGGAAGAAAAAACAACACGCAGAUGCGCAACUUCAACGAUCAUUCAAUCUCGCAAGAAUGGCAGUGCAAUUCAUUGUCCGACAUACUCUUGAACGUCUCUUUGCCUAUAAUAAAGAUCUAUUUGCAAAUUUUGCAAAGCUAUCACGUCGACAACGGAAUACCAUACUUGCAAAUUUUUUGUUGACGUACAUGGAAGGAGCAUACGGCGAUGAAGUAACUUUGAAACUAAGAAGCCCUGCUCAUGAAAUACCUGAAGAUGAUGAGCAAUCGGAUGACAAGUCUGAACAUGUGAAAGCUUCCAAAAUGAGAAAAGAUAAAAGCCUGAAAGAUGAUAGUGCAUGGAGUUUAUUGUGCAACUUAUUGCCUGGAACAGUUCUAAAAUUUUCAAGUUGGCAAGUUAGUUUUUCAUACAACGCAAAGAUGAAGAUAUUUUUUGCGUUAAUCUGCAAUAAGUGUAGUCUUUGGUGCACUACAUCAGCUAGGAAUUUCGAUAUGACUCCACUGUGUCCUUCUUGCUUCAAACGCGAAAUUACUGACAGUCAUUUAUUCCUUCAGUGCUACUUCCUUUUCAACGGGAUGCUACAUGAAGCGGAAGCUCGAAGUGAAAAGUAUUACUUUCUGUUCCCAAUUCAAGUUUUGGCAUUUUUUCUUGUUGAUGUACCCGAAAGUCCGCUGGAAGCUGCUCAGAAGUACAAGAAGGGCCUCUCUGACGACCAGAGAAAGGCUUUGGCUGCAUCAAUUCAGGAACAAAUGCUGUCUAAAUAUUUGUUCACUUUGAAUGAAGUUAUCGUUCGGAUGGUUAAGGGAGAUGUGGCAGUUUUUGAAGUUGAAAAGCUUACAUUUGUAGAUCGAUGAAAUGUCCAAUAAUUUAGCUAGAAAACCUAACAUUCCAUACUGUUAUUUUAGUCCUG